UUUGUUACCAACACCAUCACAAAUUCCAAUCCCAAGCAGCUUUGUUGGAGAGUAAAAGCAGGGAGAUAUAAAAAUGCCUCGGGUAACAACAGCAAUUAUGAAGCUAAGUCGAAAAUGUAAUUCAAAUCUCCUCAAGAUUUUGCAGUCCGAGUCAUCUCACGAGCUUUCCUCCAACCGAUUCAAGAAUGAUAAAACUGAACCAUUGGGAGAUUUUGUGGUGGACUGGGAUUCUCCUCGUUCUGAAGAUGUGGUUUUGAGAAAGACGUGCAAUUCAGGUGAGGAACUUGCUGUUACUGCUUUGCUUGGUGAAGAAACCAUUGAAGACGAUGAUAGGCUUCCCAGGGAAGCUUUGAUGAAGGUAUGCAUUAAAAAGCCUGGAUUAAGCUCUAUAUUGCAAUUUGACUGUGGAGUUUUCAGUAAAGGUGAAGAUGGCAUUGAGUUUAAUAUCCGUCAUGCUCACUAUCUCCCGUCAACAAGCAGUUUGGGGUCUUCACUUUAUAGAGGUCCCUUAUUUAGUACUUUGGAUCCCCAGUUGCAGGAUGAACUCAAGCAAUAUUUAGUGACAAAGGGGAUUGGAAAAAGCCUCACCAACUUCCUCCUCCUGCACCUACAUAAGAAGGAACAAAAUCAGUAUGAGAACUGGCUGGAGAAAUUGAAAGCUUAUAUAGCUCAAGGCCAAGAGACUGAUUCUUAGGCAAUUUAGAGGAUUAGAUUAAUGUGCUCAUGUUGCUUCUACAUGCACAAUGUACUAUUGUUGGACAAAACUUUGACAUUGAUUGUGAGGCGGUUUGGCUCAUAUUAAAUUGUGACUUGUGACC